UUAUUCCAAAAUAAGAUGCAACUAAUAUCUAGUAGACGAAUUUCUGAACUUAUUUUCCUGAAGAAUCCAAGGAGGCCAAACAGGGGCCAGACAGCAUACCAAGCGAAUCAUCAUGACAGCCGCCGCCGCCUCUACUACUAAGUGGGGCAGCGUCACAGUCACAAGCACAAAUACAAGCCCAAGAAGGCAGAAGACGACGACAGAGACGGCAACGACGCCCCAAAAAUAGACAACGACGCAGCAGCAGCAACAACAACAACAACAGCAACAGCAACAACAGUAGUCGCCGCAGCACAUCUCUUGGAGUGCAGUCAAGAGGAAAUGCUGCAUCCGACGACAACGACACAGUCUGGCCUGGUGCUGGGUGUCUGCUGUGACCAGCUGAUGCAGCAUCAGCAUCAGCAGGCACGCCCAGGCAUACUUACAAUGUUGGCCAAAAAGGAGAUGCACAUGAUGAUGAGUAAGGAUUUGGCUAUGCAGGAGCAGUCAGAGAAGCGUCUACUAACAACAACUAGAUCUUGGUUUCGUUGUUGGCCACCGCCCUGCUUUAUUCUGUUUGUAUCCCUGCUGGAGGUCGCUGUGUUUGUCUACGCCAGUGGGGAAACGUCAAUGGAGGAUUCGUUGCUCAUCUAUAGCCCGGAACAGCGUUUGCAACUGUGGCGUUUCAUCUCGUAUGCCUUACUCCAUUGUAGUUGGUUGCACUUGGGUUUCAAUGUGUCAACCCAAUUACUAUUUGGCCUACCAUUGGAAUUGGUUCACGGCUGGUGGCGUACGUGUAUCAUUUAUUUAGCUGGCAUUUUGGCUGGAUCAUUGGGCACCAGCGUUGUGGACUCUGAAGUUUAUCUGGUGGGUGCCAGUGGCGGUGUCUACGCCCUAUUGGCUGCCCAAUUGGCAAGUGUGGCUCUCAAUUUUGGCCAGAUAAGACACGGCUUGGCCCAGUUAAUGGCUGUGCUUAUAUUUGCCUCUUGCGAUUUGGGUUAUGCCGUGUACUCCAGGACACUGGAGGAUCGCACGAGGCCUACUGUUUCUUAUAUAGCUCAUAUGACAGGUGCUUUGGCUGGUCUUAGCCUGGGCCUGCUCUUCCUUAAGCAGUUCCAAGGUGGUGGUCGUCCACGUCUCCUACGCUGGCUGGCCCUAGGCGUCUGGUCAGCCUUUAGCAUUUUUGCUAUAACUUUCAAUCUGAUCAAUACGGUGACAGCCCAACUUCUGGCCGAACAGGAGGGAAAGGUAAUCAAGCAACGCUUACUACACGAUUUGGGAAUGGAAUAAAUAAGGUUAAGAGAAAGAGAGAGAGAGAGAGAGAGAGAAAAGUAGUGUGUGGAGUUGGGUGGGAAAUGGGGAAAGCCAAGACUGAGUCCAUAAAUUUAAGCCUCGUCCUUGAAGUCAUAUCUUAUGCUUACCUAAAGAGUCUAGUCAUUAGUUUAUAAGGCAUUCCAAAGAAAGGAAGACACACAAUGUGCUCAAAAAUUUAUCAAAAAACUACUUGAAUUACAUACUUAUAUAUAUAUAUAUAUCCCUGAUACCCCCAAGGGAGGAUUCGCUCAAAGUAACCAAAACUAUGUAACUCUUACAAAACUUAAAACAACAACAACAAAACAAAAUAAGAAAUUGUAACAAAUUUUAUCUUAUGCCAAUGCCAAAGGAGUUGAAACUUGAAAUGUUCUUUGCUCAACUCUGAGCCAGGCUCGUUUUCAGAGACUUUGGUUAGUUAAGCCGAUUAAGCAAUAUACUAUAUAUAAUAUAUACAAUACCUAUUAUAUUUAGUUUGUUUAACUUAUAAAACUCUAGUUUUAAUGCCAAAAAAAGAAGAAAAAGAAACACAAAGUUACAACUAACAGUUAUUUUAAAGAGCUUAGUUAGGCUAACGACAUAUAUUCA